AUACUCCAGCGAUGUAGAUGUGUGUUGUUUACGCCUACGCCAGGUUCAAGAUGGCCGCUGGAGACAACAGCGGCAGGCCUCCUUGCCUUAGUUUUUCCGGUCCGGGUCCUUUGGGAAACAGCCAGCCCAGCAACAGCGUUUUCUCUAUGCCAGCCUCUAACGGCGGAGCGGUCGGCGGGGCCGGGGGAGCACAAGGAGUAGCGAGGCGCCCCAACCCGCAGCUGGGGCCUGGCGGCGCAGACAGCAACGGUGCUUCGACCGGAGCUCCGCCGACUGCGCAGAACUCCCUGCAGCAGCCCGCUGCGGCAGGUGCUGCGGCAGCCGGAGCCAUGUCCACUCCGGCGUCCAACAUGGCAACCACCGCAGCGUCAAACGCGUCCUCGGCUGCUGCGCCGACGGCCACCCCCGCUGCUGCGUCUGUGCUGGUGUACCGAGAGCCCGUAUACAACUGGCAGGCGACGAAGAGCACGGUCAAAGAAAGGUUUGCCUUCCUCUUCAACAACGAGGUGCUCAGUGACGUUCAUUUUCUAGUGGGCAAAGGAAUGGGGGUUCAGAGGAUACCAGCACACAGGUUUGUUCUGGCCGUGGGGAGCGCAGUGUUUGAUGCCAUGUUCAACGGUGGGAUGGCGACCACCUCAACGGAGAUCGAGCUUCCUGAUGUGGAACCAGCUGCUUUUCUGGCCUUGUUAAAGUUUCUCUACUCUGAUGAGGUGCAGAUCGGCCCUGAGACCGUGAUGACCACACUCUAUACCGCUAAGAAGUAUGCAGUUCCAGCCCUGGAGGCUCACUGUGUGGAGUUCCUCAAAAAGAACCUCAGAGCAGACAAUGCCUUCAUGCUGCUCACACAGGCACGGUUGUUUGAUGAGCCACAGCUAGCGAGCCUCUGUUUAGAGAACAUCGAUAAAAACACUGGAGAUGCUCUCGCUGCAGAAGGCUUUACGGAUAUAGAUCUGGAUACAUUGGUGGCAGUCUUGGAGAGGGACACUCUCGGCGUGAGGGAGGUGCGUUUGUUCGGUGCUGCGGUGCGUUGGGCUGAGGCCGAAGCUCACAGGCAGCAACUCCAGCCCACCCCCGAGAACAAACGUAAAGUCCUAGGAAAAGCUCUCACGCUCAUUCGCUUCCCUCUCAUGACCAUCGAGGAGUUCGCUGCAGGUCCAGCCCAGUCCAGUAUUCUGACCGACAGAGAGGUGGUCAGCCUCUUCCUCCACUUCACCGUAAACCCAAAGCCUCGUGUAGAUUUCAUUGACCGGCCUCGCUGCUGCCUCCGCGGGAAGGAGUGCAGCAUCACACGUUUCGGUCAGGUGGAGAGCCGCUGGGGCUACAGCGGGACGAGUGACCGCAUCCGGUUUUCAGUAAACAGAAGGAUAUUUGUGGUGGGGUUUGGACUCUACGGUUCUAUACACGGACCCACAGACUACCAAGUCAACAUACAGAUCAUUCACACAGACAGUAACACGGUGCUAGGACAGAAUGAUACGGGCUUCAGCUGUGACGGGUCUGCAAACACCUUCAGAGUCAUGUUCAAAGAGCCAGUGGAGAUUCUACCCAACGUCAACUACACUGCCUGUGCUACACUUAAGGGCCCAGACUCUCAUUACGGGACCAAGGGAAUGCGCAAGGUAACACACGAGUCAUCAUCCACUGGCACAAAGACCUGUUUCACUUUCUGCUACGCAGCUGGCAACAACAAUGGCACUUCCGUAGAGGACGGACAGAUCCCCGAGGUCAUCUUUUACACAUAGUCACCACAGACAUCACAACGAUCUUCCAUCAAAUGUGACAACCUGAAACCAGCACAGGGCCACACAUCAGCAGCCAUACUGGGGACUAAUCUGUCAGACUUCAUACCGUUCCCUCCAUUUAGUGCACUACUGUUGGCUGCAUGGGAAGACAAAUAGCCGGGAGCCGAUGUAGGUCACUACAUGGGGCGUAGCUUGUCAUUUGAGAUGCUGCUUCUUUUUUUCAGCGGCUUCCUUUUAUCCCUUUCUGUCGUAGUGAUGCCAGCCUCUGAAACAGACAUGACUGUAACCGACGCCACAAGGGAAACAGAGAGAGAGGUAAAGAAAGAAAGAGAGGGAGGGGGGGAGGGAGGGAGGAGCCUCUCAGAUUAUUCACAGUAUCGAUGUCACGACUGUGGAUUGUCGACAUGACACUGAAUUCUACGUAAGCUGUACUAUUCUCCUUCCUGUACUUGUCAAAGGAGAGUCGCAACUGUAUGAACGUACAGUUUAUCAGAUUUGCCAAGACAAAAUCCUCAUCACUGUUUAGUACAGACUAGAUCUUCACAUUAGUUGUAACUCCAUAGACUGACAGACCUCAUAGGCUUUAUGAAAUCUUGGUGAAUUUGAACCAAACUUCAUAUUAAUCUUAACGAUAUGAUUAUGGUAAGCAAUUUUUGGGUUUCUACAUACAGUCAAAUUCUGUGAUAUCUUGUGUCCUUGCUUGGUAGUUGCCUAUACCCAAGAUACCUUGCACUUCUUGGCCUUGCAUAUGUUGAUUUGGUUGUUCUAUGGAUGCACACUAACUCUUCAGACAUGUUUCUUUUUAGCUUUGUUUUAAAAAGUGUGGGUGGAAGAGCUUUUCCUCUUGGUGCGGAAGUUAAAGGGUUGUAUAUUAAAGUGGCAUUUAUUAACAUUAUAUAUGUAACUCGAAAUAAGUAUCAAUUAAAGAGUGAAGAAACUGUAA